AUGGGUGUCUGCUUAGUCUCUGCCAUGAAGUGGAGAAACAAUAUCUCCCUCAAGGACUCCGAGUGUUACGCGAACCGCAUAAAAUACGGUUGCGUUAAUAAAAAGGUAACUCCAGACGAGGCUGAUUGCAGCGGCAUUUACCGUUAUGCAAAACUUAGUGACAAGGAGCAUGAGUCCUUCUCAAAUGAUUUUUAUGCUGGUGAGAACAUCCUGCAGUCUUUAGAACGCAUGUGCAACGAACGCGCCACGCGGAACGUCAUUUCCUAUAGAAAAAUUAACAAAGUAACGAAUGAAAAAAAAAUCGAUGCUAAGGGAAAGGAAAGGGUCUGGGAGUACACACACUUGGAUGCACCUACAAGCAUUACAUACGAAGAGUUAUGGAAGCUCAUCGUAGCAUUUGGCAUGGGUCUCGUGGAAAUUCUGAUCGAGAAAACGAGCAAGGUUGCUAUCUAUGAGGAUACUCGUUGGGAGUGGCUCACAAGCAUGUUCGGGCUUUGGACACAAGAUAUGAUUGGGGUAACCGUUUACGCCAAUCUCGGAAGCGACGCACUCCACUACGCACUAAAGGAAACUGAGUGCACCGCGAUAGUUUGCAAUGGGAAGAACAUUGACAAGUUAGUGAGCAUCUUGGACAAUGGCGUACCCACGAAGAUUAUCAUUUACCUUGAUGAACUUUCCGGCAAGGCAGACCUGUCCAACUACCAGACCUACGCUUGGAUGGAUGUAGUUCAGAGAGGGAUGAAAAGCACGGUGUCUUACGGGGUACCAAGCAAUAAUGAUACCACUGUGCUUAUCAUGUACACCAGCGGCACCACAGGCAAUCCGAAAGGUGUCGAGCACUCUAUAGGCGCCCUAACCCACGGUGUCCACGUUAUCAAUGAUCGACUUUCGGAGCUUGUUGGGGAAGAGGAGGGCGAUAGCUACGUAGCGUACCUGCCGUCCGCACAUAUAUUUGAGUUCAUCUGUGAGAACAUCAUGCUUUUGAGAGGCGCAUUGUUGUGCUUUGGUUCUCCGAGGACGUUGACAGACACCUAUGCAAAACCGUGCGGGGACAUUACCCUUUAUAAACCCUUCAUGAUGAGUGGUGUGCCGCGUGUGUUCGAGACUAUCAAAAAGACUGUGGAAGGGCUCCUACCACCGCCAGGGACGCUCAAACGGCGCAUCUUUGAUGCCGCCUACGAAAGCCGACUGAAGGCACUCAAGAGUGGAAAAGACACGCCGUAUUGGAAUAAGGUUGUUUUUAAGACGACUCGUGCACUUUGGGGUGGUCGAAUGCGUGGCAUCUGCUGUGGUGGCGCUCCUAUCGCUGACAAAACGCAGGAGUGGCUGAACGUCGUGCUCGGGGUGCCAGUGGUUCAGGGAUACGGUAUGACGGAAACUGUCUGCAAUGCGAGUGUUCAGCGAUUCGGUGAGUUCGAUUGCGUUGCCGGUCAACUACUGAAAGGUCUCGAGGCCCGGCUGAUGGACGUUGAUGAGUACAAGCACACGGACAAGCCCAACCCGCGCGGCGAGCUGCUGUUGCGUGGCAAGUUCCUUUUCAAGGGUUACUACAAGCAACCGGAGCUCACUAAAGAGGUGUUGAUGCCCGAUGGCUGGCUACGCACAGGUGAUAUCGCUGAGUUCGAUGCAAAAGACGGAAACAUGCGUAUUAUAGGCCGCAUCAAGGGUCUUGCCAAAAAUAUUCUUGGUGAAUACAUCGCGCUCGAGAAUCUCGAAGCUCUAUACUGUCAACACCCCAUUGCGAUCGCCAAUGGGGUCUGCAUUCUUGUGGACGCUCAGAAACCCUACAUUUGUGCGUUGGUGCUGACGGACGAAUCCAAAGCGAUGGCUUUCGCUAAAGAACGCAACAUCCCUGGUUCCUGGCCUGGCAUCUUGAAAAGCUCUCAAUUCUUGGACGCCGUCACAAGCUCCAUGGUGGAUCUUGCCAAAAGGGAGGGAAAAGUGGGCUUUGAACACGUCAAGCGAGUGCGUGCCCUAGCUGAUGAGUGGACGGCAGAGAACGGACUUUUGACAGCCUCAUCGAAAAUUCGUCGCUCUGGUAUUGAUAAACACUACGCUGACAUAAUUCGCGAAUUGUUUUCAGACUAA